CAUGCUCAUCAAAAGCUUCAGACCGAACAAUUGGACUUGACUUCCGGUGCUCACACGAACAUUGGUUACCUCCACCUGACCUCUGACCACAAAUUGGAACUAGUUUAAAACUAAAGCUGCGUACUGGCAUACCAAAAUUAAUGGUCGUUGGAAGGCCACAGACAGAAACUUAAGCUUAUAGAUUUAAUACGUGUACUAUUAAUACUUGAACGAUGAAGACUCAAUUAAUUAUCUUCGUCGUGGGAUCAUUCUUAUCAUCGUCUUUAGGAACAGAUGAAGCGAACAAAUGUGAAGGAAACACUGGAAGUUUGAAGUACGAAGUAGGAAAGUCAUAUUUAUACAACUAUGGAGUUCAUGCAUAUGGAGACUUGGAAUUUGACCGUCAAUCUCACGAGAACAAGCCGGUGGUCAAUAUCAAUGGGUCAGUAAUAUUAACUCGGGUGCCUGGAUGUGAAUUCAUUUUGACUUUGAAGAAGACUGUCAUCUCCAGUCGACUAACAAAUAAUGAAGGACAUGAGACUGAAACUAAUAAAGUUGACGUUGAAGAAUCCUCCUUAAAGUUUGGAAUGAACAAUGGAGCCGUUUAUGACAUUUACUUCAGUGAGGAUGAUCCAAGUUGGUUGGUCAAUCUGAAGAAAACUAUAAUAUUCAUGAUUCAAAACAAGGAUGAAGCUUCUACAGAGAAAGACAUGGAAAUCGAGACGUCGGUCUUUGGAAACUGCAUCACACAGUACACGAAAUCUGACAAAAGUCAAGUUAAAAUUACACAUCUUAAUCAGUGCGGCCAAGGAGAAGGGUCAAAUAUUGCUUUCCACGGGGUCCCAUAUCAUAUCCCCCUCGUCACGAAUAAACCAAUGUUUGAAUUUCUCCGACAUGGUCAUGUUCGUUGUUCACAAACGUUUGACAAUGGAAUCCUCACUGAUGUCAUUUGCAGUGAGAGAAAUAGCGGACCGACAUUGGUGUCCGUGCUGAAAUUCAGCGAAAAGACCUCCAGCAGUGUUCAAGAGGCAGAAAUUGCUAAAUUAGUUGCUACCACUCCAGUAUUUUACAAUUUUACAGUAUCCUUCUCAAAACUUAUGCAAGAAAAUGCAGUAGAAAAAAUGAAACAGCUUUUAAAAUCCUUGAAACUUGAUGGUUCCAACAAGGCCGAGAUUUUCAUCGAUUUGAAAAAAGUAGCAAGGAGAAUUUCCGAUCUAGAGCAAUUUGUCAAUUCAGAAUACAUUGCUGAAGAUAUUCACAAGAAAACUUUCUACGACGCAUUGGUGGAAGUGCCAAAUGAUGAAGCUGUGCGAGUUGUAUCUAACGCUGCCGUACAGGGUCAACUCGAUAGUAUAACAUUGUUCAAUUUCUACACCAACAUUGCUUUUUCUACGCCGGGAGUAAAGGCCCUGCAAGCAUUGGAGACUUUGGUGAAAUCAAUCAAAAUCAAGAAGCCUGAAUCGACCGAUGGAGGCUCAAACGAGGACAUGGUCGCAUUCAAAACUAACCUUUCCCUAAGCCAACAUCUACUUCUGGGUGCAUCAGGUCUUGCUCAUCAAUAUUGCAAAUUGAAUAAUCCACAGUGCAUUCUGACACCUGAAUAUCAACACCUUGUUGACGCAAUUACGACCCAUGUCAAGUCGGAGGAGGAAGACAUUGUCCUUGGAGCCCUGCAUUCGCUGGGGAAUUUAGAUGCCCUCACGCCACAGGCUGUCGAAGAUUUGCAAAACCUUCUUACUCAAACCACAUCCCCGACUUGGCUGGAGAUUCAAGCAAUGGAUGCAUUCCGAAGGGACCCGUGUCAACCGACAUUAAAAGAAUCCGUACGAAAGAUUUUUAAAGAUGCGUCCAAAACGGAUCAAGUCCGAAUUCAUGCUUAUUUGGCUGCGAGCAAAUGUCUCACCUCCGAAGACAAAACUGCUAUUCAAGAAGUGUUUAGCCAAGGAAAUUCACCUGUUGGUGGAUUCAUUGGUUCUCACAUUCGCAACAUCCGAGACAGCUCAAGUCCUUCCAAGGCUACGUUGAAGGCUACUUUUGAACAAGUUCAAAUUCCGGAUAACAUCCUUGCGGUUUACAAUCGCUCUCGAACCUCAAAGUUCAUUGAACAUUCGACGUUUAACGAAAAGAAAAAUUUAGGUUUUUCUGGCGACGCGACCAUCAUUUUUAUUCCAGGACAAGCCAAACCAGAAUUUGUCUCAUUUAAUGGCACCGUUGACCUAUAUGGUAGAUCGUUCAACUUUUUGGAGAUUGGAUUGUCUCAACGCUUUGUAAUGAAAACAAUGAUGAUGCAAGGCGAUGAGGUACCUGCGGACUGGAGCAGCCUUUUCGAAGCUACCACAGCAAAAGAUUCCUACUACAGAGUCCUGGGGACCACGAUUGGUCUUGGUCUUGAGGGUUUGCAUGAUGCACUUCAAACUUCAAUUUCUAAAACAAUGUCUGGCGAUUUACCUGGAGCGAUUAUUGACAUGAUCCAACCAAGUACCAUUCUUGAUGAAGAUUUAGUUUUCCCCACAAUCUCGGGCCUCCCGUUGAAUUUUGAUGUUCAAGCAGUCAGCUUUGAUUCCAUUAAAGUUGAACUACUCGGGAUUUCAAACUUUUCAUCUCUACUAGAUUCAUCCAAGGCACUUGAGUACUUGCUAAAUUCUAAAGUGACAAUAAAUACGGACUCGGCCGUAACAAUCAUGGGAGAAGUUGGACUAGGAGCAAAUACACCGGUUCACACGGGUUACAAAUUAGAAGUCAAACUUGAUAAGAAAACAAACUUUGGCGUUGCAAUUUCAUCGAAAGAGGGCCCAACCUUGGAUGUGGACUUGAAGUUUAACUUCCCAAAUCAAAUCAUAAGCAAAACGGACAUGGCGUAUAAUAUUUUUCGAUUUGAGGAUAUUGAAGGAAACAUGAUAAAGAACGGUGGGAAAACUAUGGUUGGAGAAGCUUUGGUCUCACAACCUCGAGAGUGUUUUGACUUUAGCAACGUUUUAGGAGUUCGAAAAUGCUAUUCCAUGAGAAACGGACCCAAUUUUCCCAAGCUUUUUUCAUGUUCAUUAGAAAAGGAAAAUGCCGAAAUGGAAGGAUUUGAUAUCAAAAUUACUUCAGAUGGAGCCCAAUUUACUCCCACUUAUGAAAUUACUGCCACUACCCCUGGCUCUAAAACUUCUCGACUACUCAAAAUGACCAUGAAAUUAGACCAAGGAAAUGAACAAGCUCCCGAGUACUGGGAAACAAAGGAAAUUACUGUGACUGCAGAGUUGAAUAACAAAAAGUUCACUGGACAUGCUUUCUGGAAUCGCUCGGAAGUUGUUCAAUUUCAACCACUCAUUUCAAGCGAUUACUACAUGACUGUCGAUUAUACUGAUCCUGAUGCUAAAGCACCAACACAGAUUGUCAAACUCAUGACUAAGCAACCUAAAGCGGAUGCUAUCAAUUUUGAGGCCAAAUUUGAUGGACCCCUAGCUUUACUUGGCGAUGUCAAGUAUAAUUACGACCGGGAGGUAUCACGUAACAGUGAAGGGCACGGUUAUGAACACUCAAAGUACACAAAACAUUUUGAGUGGACUUCUGAUCUAUUUGGAAAAACUUUAGCAGAUUUCAAAUCCGAGUUUUCACACGACGGAAAUUCGACUAGUUCCAUUAAGGUCAAUCACAACAACCGCAUUUACGAGGUGCAGCAGACAAAUCUAGUUACUCGAGUUUUUGGAGAAGAAAGGGAAAGUACUGGAGAAUACAAGAUCAAGUACCGACCGAUACUUGAGCGGCUGGAAAAGCACAGCUUAAUUGUAAAUUAUCAUCCAAACAAACGAUACGAAGUUGAUGUCGGAAUCGGACAUAAGAUGAUUCCUGACGAUCAAAAUAUGAACAAUUUGACUGUAGAUGUCAUAAGCCCACAUCAUAAGCCAAUUUCAGGAAAAAUAACUUUAGUCGAAAGGAGGAAGGAUAGCAGCUUGAAAGGAGAUUUAACCAUGGAGGUUGGUGGUGAGAAACAAGUUGACGUUUCUACAAAGUGCAACUGGACAUCGGGCAUCUAUGAAAUUAUGGGCAACGUGAAAAACGAGGGAGAGUUUUUCGUAAACUUAUCAACAACUGAUGACGGACAGCAUCAGCACAUUCAUUUCGACAUCAAGUAUAGUCGAGAGCAGCUUGAAAUCACUUUUGAUGCCGACUUUGAUGAUGACGGGAACGAAUUCAAGCAAAAAACAGACCUUGUUGUGGACAAUAAAAAACACAAGACAGUUUUGAAAUCUGAAAGCUAUACAGUGACUGAUCGCUCAAAGAGAACAAUGGAUUACUUGUCAAAAACUACUAAUAAAGAUCAACUAAUUGCAAAAGUCCAAAUGCACGUUCAAGUUGCCCAAGAUUUUUGGAAUGGACGCAGUGAAGCAAAUAUGAGACUUGAGGAUGAACACGGAAAGGUUUAUACCGGAAGUGCAAACCAGACGUUGGCCAGCAAAGAGGACAAAUACCUUAAGAGUAAUUUGGCCAUGGAUUUUCACGCCCCAAAACAAGUUCCCUUCACCUACAACUGGAACCUCACGGUUGACUCGAACCCCAUGCAUGCAGAAACUCAAGAAAUUGAAUGGCACAUCACCAGCGAUAAACGCUUUACUGGUGAAAUCUUGGCUCCCUUCAACAUAUUGAUCGAAAAGGACAUUCAUUUCCACAAGAAGAAGGGAGAAAACGAGUUUGAACUGACUAGUUUGUCUAAUUUUACUGAUAAUGGAAAGCUGGAAAGAACCACAGAUAUGGAAAUGACCAUAAUUGGGAAUGAUGGAAAGUGGAGAAGUUUAACUGUGAGAGCAAAUGGGAAUACACAGACAUCCAACUUUAGGGAUAAAUUCUCAGCUCAGUUGGAUGCCGAAGAAAGAGCUGACAAACAACAUGGUUCCAUUCAAAGACUUGGUUUUACAGUGGACCGGACUGACCUCAAGACAAAGGUCACAAGUAACCUGAUUGAAGGGACAGUCAACAAGACGAGUUAUUUUCAUGACAUAAUGGAUUUUGAAAUAACUGAAGAUGCCCGUUUUCGCAUUGAAGAGCAUAAAAUUAUCACGUCGAAAGAACUCAUCCGACUUCACGCUAAUGAACUAAUCAUUUUCAAAGAAAUUGAGGAAACUGAUGGAGAUAAGGUCCAUGACACCAAAUUUUUGAUUGACAUUAAGGUUAUGGAUGAGAAUCAUCAAACCAAAUUCGUAGUGAGAUCCAAAAACAACUUUCACCCUGCGAUGCACGGGGAACACGUUAAUUUCACUCUUUCAAAGUGAGAUCAUUACCAAACACUAAGGUACCCAGCGGAUAUAAACUAGUGCAAGCCGUCACAAUCACAAUAAGAAUUUGCAGACUUUCAACAGUUUGAUUUUUAAGAUUCUUUAAUUUUCUUCAUAACAUUAUCAUUCUGCAUCAGAAUUUCUGUCACCAUAAUAUAUUUCUAGUAAUAAUUUGUUUCCAGAAUAAAUGUUUUUUUUUCUCAAUACUUCAA